AUGGCGGAUGAAAAAUUAUCUUCUGUUGUCAAGAAUAUCACCGAAGGUGAUAUGCCAAAUGACCUCGAUAGAGCUGCAUUAAUGGUAAUUAAUGACUAUAACAAUACGAAAUGGGAUCUUGGCACUGGUCCAGACAAUGAUGGAUAUCAUAUGUCAAAAAUUUUCGGCGAAUACGGAUUUAAUGUAUUCUAUAUAAGAAACGCGAAGAAGGAGCGCUUCCUUGAACUGUUAGAUCACUUCUUCGAGAAUACGAAAACACAUUUGAUUGUUUAUUACGUUGGACAUGGAACCAACAUAAAAGAUAUCGAUGGUGAUGAAGAUGAUGGCUUUGAUGAGGCAUUUUUCUUUGUUAAUGGAGCAGUAGUUGAUGACGUUUUGAUUAAACAUCUUUGCGAAAAGAAGAAUCCAUCUUCUGUUCUGACUCUUGUUACAGAUGCAUGUCAUAGUGGCUCAAUAUGGGAUAUCCAAGGCGGAAAUACAAAAGGAAGAACUUUACCUAAAAACGUUAUUUCGAUAUCAGCUGCUAGUGACAAGCAAACAGCAAAACAAACAGUUGUUGAGAAAGUUGAACAAGGUAUGUUCUCAUACAACUUAAGGAAACUUCUUAGAACAGUUCCAAACGCAAAACCAGCCGAAGUUAAGAAAGGACUCAAGACUGUUCUCGAAAAAUUCUGCCAAACAUGCAAUAUAGCACUUACAUCACGAGAAUUACUUGAUUUGCCAAUUAUGAAACCGUAA